GUGACAAUCCGGCCUAGGCGAGGCGAGUGGGGCCGGGAUCCUCGAGAGCAUCGGGCGGCCCGGGGCAGGGGCAGAGGCAGUGCCAAGCACCAUCGCCCGGCAGCGGAGUAGGGCGAGGGGAGCGACCUCCACAUUCGGGGGGCACAGUCGGCCAGGAGGGGAAGGAGGGCGGCGAGGCUCCAGCUUCCUCGCAAGGACCGCUCCUCCCGCCAUCCGCCCCCGGCUACCGGGUCGGGGAGAUGGCUACCAGAAAGGUCACCGGGCCCCUGCUCUUCUCCGUCGGCAUCGCGGCCAUCAGCUCUUUCCAGUUCGGCUACAACACAGGAGUCAUCAACGCCCCUGAGCUGAAAAUCCGGAACUUUCUCAAUGGCACCCUGAGUCAGCGCUCCGGCCAGCCCAUCUCGGACUCGUUGCUCACCUCCCUGUGGUCCCUGUCGGUGGCCAUCUUCUCCGUGGGGGGUAUGAUCGGUUCCUUCUCUGUUGGCCUCUUCGUCAACCGUUUUGGCAGGCGGAACUCCAUGUUGAUUGUGAACAUCCUGGCCGUCGUGGGUGGCUCCUUCAUGGGCUUCUCCAAGCUGGCGCAGUCGGUGGAAAUGCUGAUUCUGGGGCGCCUCAUCAUCGGCCUGUUCUGUGGACUCUGCACGGGCUUCGUGCCCAUGUACAUCGGCGAGAUCUCCCCCACCUCGCUACGUGGUGCCUUUGGCACACUCAACCAGCUGGGCAUCGUUGUGGGCAUCCUGGUGGCCCAGAUCUUCGGUUUGGAGGCCAUCAUGGGGACGGACGCGCUGUGGCCGCUGCUGCUGGGCUUCACCAUCAUCCCUGCCAUCCUGCAGUGCACCGCCCUGCCCUUCUGCCCCGAGAGCCCACGCUUCCUGCUCAUCAACAGGAAGGAGGAGGCCAAGGCCCAGCUGAUCCUGCAGCGGCUGUGGGGCACGCAGGACGUGAGCCAGGACAUUGAGGAAAUGAAGGAGGAGAGUGCCAAGAUGGCCCAGGAGAAGAAGGCGACAGUGCUGGAACUGUUCCGGGCACCCAACUACCGGCAGCCCAUCCUCAUCGCCAUCAUUCUCCAGCUGUCCCAGCAGCUCUCGGGAAUCAACGCGGUCUUCUACUACUCUACUGGGAUCUUCACCGAUGCUGGCGUCCCUGAGCCAAUCUACGCCACCAUUGGGGCAGGCGCGGUCAAUACGGUCUUCACUGUGGUGUCGCUGUUCCUGGUGGAGCGGGCCGGGCGGAGGACGCUGCAUUUGGUGGGGCUCGGGGGUAUGGCCGGCUGCGCUCUCCUCAUGACCAUCGCAUUGUCCUUGAAGAGUCAGAACACAUGGAUGAGCUAUAUUUGCAUCGUGGCCAUCUUUGGAUUCGUGGCGUUCUUCGAGAUUGGGCCGGGGCCCAUCCCCUGGUUCAUCGUGGCCGAGCUGUUCAGCCAGGGGCCCCGCCCAGCUGCCAUGGCUGUGGCUGGCUGCUCCAACUGGACCUCCAACUUCUUGGUGGGAAUGCUGUUCCCUUUGGCUGCGGAGUACUUGAAAGCCUACGUCUUUGUUGUCUUCAUUGUCUUCCUCCUCAUCUUCUUCAUCUUCACCUUUUUCAAAGUCCCGGAGACCCGAGGCCGAACUUUUGAAGACAUCUCCCGGGGGUUUGAGGGGUCCCCCAAGGAGAGCUCCAGUACACCUACCCUGCUGGCGGAGAAAGGGCCCAUCGUGGAGCUCAACAGCUCAACAGAGCCAGCCAAAGACGCCACGUCCAGCGUCUAAGACCCCACUUCCUUCCCCCCAUCCCUUGUGGAAAAAAUACCAGCCCGAGCCCAGCCUUGGGGGGUAUCGGGGUGGGAACUGGGAUUCCGGGGUUAGGGGGAGGUGGCACCUCUUGGGACACAUCUGGGGGACACAUCUGGGACCGUUUUCUGAUUGCUGCUACUGUAUUUGUUCCUUUCUCUCCUCACUGGCCUGACCCCAACCCUGCUCUUCCAACUCCUGCUCCUUCCUUCUCCUCCUGGCUUGCUGGGAUGGAACCCAGGACUAGCCCCGUUUUCAUCAGCUUUUUUAUCCAUUGUAUUUGUGGGGUCCCGCACCUUCUGCACAGGGGAGAGGGUGGACUGGUUGAUUCUGGAGGGCGUGGACUGGGUUCCGAGCCCCAGACCCACCAACUCGGGCACCGCUAGGGCCCUUGGAAGAGAUGGGGAGGGACCCACCAGCCAGACUGGGAGGAGACCCGGGAGGGAUGGGAGGAAGAGGGGAAUCUGCACAGCACCUUCCUCAUUCUGCUGAGCCCAUCGACUUGACUUUAUUUAUUUUGCCUGCAGGUGUUAUGUCAUAAAUAUUUAUUUUUUUAAGUGUAAAAAAAAUUGUACAAAAAUAAUGACAGCUAGGGAGAGGCGAGGUGCAAGGGAAUCCCGGGGAAGAUGCAAUAAGGCUGGAAGGAUUUUAAUUGACUCCCACAAUUGGGGCUGUGCAUCCUGAUAGGAGCCCAGUGGCCCCUGAAGUUUGCAUAUUAACUUUUAAAGAGUCAUUUCUGCCUGCUAGGUGGAAAAUGGAAAGCUUGAUUGGAAGAUUGUGGGUUGGGGUUGUGUAGGGGUUCAGGGUAUCUGCAAAAUCUACUGUUUCUUUCAAUAAUUAUUCCCUUACUGAUUAGAUAGGUGACAAUGGCAGGUUUUACUUGAAGGCUGCAGAGGACUCCCGGAAGAGGAAUUUGGGGCCACAGGGAGAAGCCUGAGGCCCAGCCCCCUCACCCCCAGCCUGAUUUUUGGUUUCUUUUUGUUUAUCUAGAGAGCCAAGCUAGGAACAAGGUGGUGGGCUCCGCCCCCGAUUGUCUCCUAGUGGUUACUUAGAAAUUUCUUGCCGCGGUUAAUUUUUCCAAUUAAAGGUUAAGUGUCAUGACCCCCCAGUCAGUGCCUGCCCUCGGGGCUGGCACUGAAUGGGGGGCGGGUGGGGUUACAGUUACGGUUAAGGGUUGGAUGAGUUUACAGUCGGUCUGCCAGGCGGUUUUGGGGUGGAAGAGAGAGAUAAUCCAGCCAGAGGCCUCGGCUGCCCAUGCUAUUGAAUUUGGGACCCUGAAGGGAGCAGGGAAAAGGGAUAGGCAGCUUGCCUCCGUGUGUAGCAGUGUGUGUGUGUCUGCGUGUGUUACCCGUUGGGGACAGUGGAUAUGUGUGCUGUGUCACUGGGGUCAUAGCCCGCCC